AUGACGCAUCGCUUGGCGCUAGUGAUUACGGUGCUUGCAGCCGUCGUUGGUGAACGAGUUACCACUGCUUACAAUAUUUCACCAGUGCCGAAUGUGAUUUUCAGUGAACCCGCGGGUCAGGUACAUUUUCCAAAAAUACGAAGCUCAUAUUUCGGCCUGACCGUGCAUUUGACAAGGGACGGUAUCCUCAUCGGAGCACCCAGAGCGCAGUCUAGUUCAAGGCGACAUACCACGAUCAAUGAACCGGGAGUGCUUUUCAAGUGUGAUAUUCGUUCGGGAUUUUGUGAGCAGUAUCCUGCUUUGGAUGGUGGUGGAUUCGAAAGUACGAUCCUUAAAUCUGGUCAGUAUUUUGGCGCUAGUCUCGAUGGAAUGCGGAACGGCGAAGAACUGGUUGCGUGCGCUCCGAGAAUGAUCAAAGACAUCGAUCAGCAGUAUGCAAUGACGGGGUCUUGCUACACGAGAGUGAAUGGAACGACACGCGUCCAGCGGCAGGCGUUCAACUAUCAACACCAGAGUUUCGCAUUCGAUACAGCGCUAGAGGGGUUUUCAGUGCAUUUGCUUCGACAAGCGGAUGACAGAUUGGAGGUUGUAACUGGGCUACCUAAUUGUAACUACACUGGAUCAGUGAUGGUCUACAGUGGUGAUCUACAGACGGGUGCAUAUUUGACCAGUGAAAAGCUGGAGAAGAACGGAUACUUUGGAUACAGUGUCAACUCAAUGGUGGUACAAAACAAAACAAUUUAUUUAGUUAGUGCUCCUAGAUACAAUGGUGAGCCUGGUAAAGUUUUUCUUUUCGAAAAAGUAAUGACCUCACGAUUGAGAGCGGAGAUGGAGUUGCACCAAGUUCUCAUUGGUGACAGUACUAAAAUAGACUACUUUGGCUAUUCACUGUGUACUGAAGAUAUCGAUGGCGAUGGGCUUACAGAUGUGCUUGUUGGAGCACCUUUUUAUUCGGGUGAUUCGAUCAACGAUGAAGGGGCAGUUUUUGUCUUUGUGAAUAAGGGAAUAGACGACCGUGGAGUGCUUCAGCUGAAACAAUAUUCUCUGCUGACAUCCAAGUACGUUGGAAGUGGGCAAUUUGGUUACUCUAUAAUUUCAAUUGGUGAUAUAAAUUUCGACGGAUUCAAUGAUAUCGCCGUUGGAGCACCAUUCGAAGAAAACGGAUCGGUUUAUAUUUUCCACGGUAGUCCCGGCGGACUACAGCCCAAACCAGUUCAGAUAUUGAAAAGUUCUAGCAGUUCGCAGCUCCCAGCGAUGUUUGGCGCUGCGAUUGCCAGAGGUAUGGACGUGGAUGGGAAUUUCUAUAAUGAUGUCGCUGUUGGAGCACCAACUGAAGACAAGGUUUAUCUGUUUAAAACCUAUCCACUCAUUCGUCCGAUAGUAAAUAUGACCGUUUCGAAAAGUUUCAUUGCCAUAAACAAUGCCACAACACACUCCGAUGCGGUAGAUCUCAUCAAAGACACCUGUUCCGUCGAAAUUUGUUACUUUUUCGAGACUUUUACAUCAUUCAAAGGGCAUUCCAGUUAUGAUUUCCGAAUAAACCUUACACUAGAUGCAACUCUCCGGCGUGCCACGUUUCAAAACGGCUCAUCACACUUCUCAAAGAUAGUACCAAUUUCGCAAAUACAAAACUGCAUCAACUUGAACAUAUCAGUUAGAGCAUCUUUCUACCAGCUAAGCUCGCCGAUUCGAUUGGAUUUACGAUACGAAAUAAUCAACCAGAAUACCGCCGGGCAGAUAUUUUGUGACCACUGUGUGGUACAGGAUCAGCAUCCCGAAAUAAAGACCCCCAUCGAACGAAAAAUCAUUUUUAAACCGGACUGUAAGCGAGAUAUUUGUGCUACUGAUCUGAAACUACGAAGGACUUUUCGUAACUUCGAAACUCCAUUUGUGUUAAACAGUAGCCGCACUAUGGAGAUCGCCUUCGACAUUCGCAACUGUGGUGAACCUGCCUACGGAACGGUAUUAGAACUUGAAUUCUCUCAAAACGUUAGCUUCCUAAAGAAAAUGGACUUUUGUGAAGUGGCUGCCGCCGGGCUGAACUGUAUGAUCAACUACGGGCAAGCGGUCAGGGAAGGUUUGACUGUAUUUGUCAAUGUGACACUGGAUAGUACUAAAUUGACUGGUAAUCGGUUGGAAAUUCAGGGACGAUUAUUUAGCGAUGGAAACGAAACGAUUGGCGAGGAUAAUGAAAUACUAAGUCUUAUCCGACUAAUAAGACUAAGUCAUUUAGAAACAAUAGGAUCCUACAAUCCAUCACAUAUAAAUCUGGAUGUCCGAAAUUCGAAUGCAUCAGUUCAAAAUAGAUUGUAUAUACUGAACUUUGGCCCAAGUAAUUUGGAGAGAACACCAGUGCAUAUAUUUAUUCCAGUUGGUUUUAUUGGUCAAAAAUCGAAUAUAAUAUUCAACAGUUGGAAUGUGGAUAGCUUGAAGGUUUCCCAAAAAGAAAAAGUAAUCCAGACAUCCGAACAGAUGUUAGCAAAACUUCCAAAAACCAAUACAUCGAGAUUAUUUAUCGAAACAUACGGCUCUCAGGAUCGAUUUCUACUGAACAAAAAAGGAACCACAAUUACUUGUGAAACCGCUGGCAUUAUCUGCAAAAAUGUGUCGAUCUUACUAGACGACCUUGUCGUAAACAGUGAACCCAUUCGUAUUGACAUAAACAUGGAACUUUUCCCCCAGUCAAUGAUUCAGCUGAUGACGAAUGAUGUGGAGAAAUUAUCGCUCUACGUCACGUUCGCCUUCGACGUCCCGGCUGAGGAGAUUCUGCUAACCAACGCUGGCAGCUUAGUGCUGUAUAGAAACAUUGCUGCGGUCGUGCCCCUUUGGAUCUACAUAACAUCCGUUGUACUGGGAAUGGCCGUUCUCACAGCUAUCACGUAUGUUCUGUACAAACGCCAAUUUUUCAAGCGAAUGACACAAUCGGACAUGGAGGAUAAACUCGACGGGACGGAAGGCAUUCCCAACAUUGCAUUCACCGACGGGAGCGUGAUGAUGAUAGCAACCAGUUCAUCAAUCGGAUCGUGAUAUGUGAUACCUCUUCAACAAUGAACCAACACCAGUGAUUUUCAGCUCAUACUUAAUCAUACU